AUGCGGCUACUGUAAUGAUCUUCUGUAAUGGUUUGAAAGAGGGAUUGAGUUCAGCAAAGGUACAAGCCGUUAGCCACAAUAGCUAAACAGAACCUCCAGGCUCAGAGGCAGUCUACCUCUGAAUGCCAGUUGCCAAGGGAGGGAGUGACAACGAGGAGAGCUGUUGCCUUCAAGCCUGUUUGUGAGUCUUCUGGAAGCAAUUGUUUGGUCACUGUAGGAAAUGGGAUGCUGGACUAGAUGGGACCUUUGUUCUGAUUCAAGCAGGGCUCUUCUCAACUUCUUCUACUGCUCUGAGGUUUUAUUACAAACAAGUGAUAUAUAAAUAGUGUGAAUAAAAUAAUUAAAAUUGUAGAAGUAGACAAUCUGCAGCGGGGGGGUUAAGAUCUGCUUUAAGUGCCUGGAAUGUAAUGAAAAAAGUUGUGGCUGCCUCUGAGCAUGUGAAGAGGGCAAGGGCCACUAAGAGCUGCUCAGCUUUGGACCCAGUGUUCACAGUCAACAGCAAUGACAUUUAUAUAGUACUUUUCCUUACCAAAGGAGCAGAAAAGACUUUUUCUGUAUGGAACAACAGCCGCCCAGAUGUUAUUAGCCCAGAGCUGGAAAGAAGAUAAAAGUCCCUACCAGAGAAGAAUGGCAAACCAAGCUGAUGGCCUGUGCUAAGAUGCCAAAACUGACUGGAAAACUCAGAAACCAAGAGCGUAAAAACUUUAUAAAAGAAUGGGGGAAAUUCAUAAGUUACCUUGGAGUCCACUUGCAGUGUAUAAAUUACUAUGGACAAUAUGGUUUGGUAUAAAAAAUUGGAGUAUGGAUGAAUAUGCAGUUGUAGAGGUUUAAAAUGAGACCCCAUGGAGGGGAUGGGGGAAGUCCCGAGAUUCAGAUAAUCUCUUUACAGAUAGAAAGAUACUCUCUUUACAGAUACAAAGAUACAAAUAAACACUAGUAGUAUAUAAAUAGUGUGUCAUUUUUAUUGGUUUUACAGAUACAAAGAUACAAUUGUAUCUUUGUAUCUGUAAAACCAAUAAAAAUGAUUUCACACACACCCACAGAACUUUUCCUAAGUGAUGGGAUGCAACCUUAUCAAAUGUUUGCCCCACACAACAGCCCGGUAAGGUAGACCGGUACUAUAUUUCUGAUUGGUAGAGUUGUAGUUUUUGCCCAUUGAGUAUUCUUGGUUGAAUCAGGGCCUUCCAGGCUCACAGCUCAUGUUCUUAACCAUCGCCUGAUGACACUCUUGUCCAAGGGAGAGUAAGAGUGUCUCUAAAGUCCACACAGGAAAUGUUUACCAGGGCCCAGUUCUCAACCAUUUGGUAUAAAGGCAAGAAUCCUUAGCAUACACUCCUUUCUCAUUACACAGCAAGAAGUUCGGGCUUUUGGGAAAGUAGGUGUGGUUUGAAGGAAGACUUUAUUUAAACAGCUGUUAAAAAAAACAAACACAUGAGACAUCCUUAAGAACUGAUCUUGGGCAGGGCCACUUUAAAAAAAGAAUUAUGACAAGCAGCCUUUGGAAUGAACUUGUUCCUUACUCAUCGCAUUAGCAAUCCACUGCAUUUGCAAAUGGACACGCAAGACAAUGACCACAUUCCCACCACAGAUUCAGAGAACUGUGGUGCUACUUUUAACAGUCAUGGCCACCCCACCCCCCAAGAACCUUCUGGGCAGUGUAGUUUGUUAAGAGCGCUCAGACUUGUGAAGAGACUCCUGUUCCCCUCUCAGAGCUACAAUUCCCAGAAUUCCUUAUGAAGAGCGAAUGACUGUUCAACCACUCUGUAGCUCUGGGAGGAGAACAGGGGUCUCCCAUCAACUCCUAACACCCUUAAACUACAGACUGAGAGGCUCCAAUCCAAAAUCCCAAUCUGUGGCGCUGGUGAAGGGGGAAGAGAUUGGAUGCAGUAGGGCAGGGUUCAGCAAACUUUUUCAGCUGUCCCUCAGACCUUGUGGGGGGACGGACUAUAUUGGGGGGGAAGAAUGAAUGAAUUCCUAUGCCCCAGAAAUAACCAAGAGAUGCAUUUUAAAUAAAAGGACACAUUCUACUAAUGUAAAAACAUGCUGAUUCCCGGACCAUCCACGGCCCGGAUUUAGAAGGUGAUUGGGCCAGAUCCAGCCCCCAGGCCUUAGUUUGCCUACCCCUUGCAGUAGAGGCCUCAGUCUGCUCAGACGCAAAACAGCCCGCACUGGCCUCUUGCCCCGCAAAGUGGUGCCAGCAUGACUCCUCGGACAUGGCACUCCCCCUAGAAUUGUCAUGUAGCCCACCCCCUGCAAUGCAGGAAGUGUAGGUGGGCAGAAUUACCACCACCAAGACAUCCGUUGGUGGUAGCCCUCAGAAACCCAGCUUGGCAAAUUCAGCAGUCUAUAAAGGAACCAAUAAUAAUAGGGAGGGCUUGAGCCAGCCCCGCUGCUGACCUUUGAUGGCAUGGGGCCUGGUCGCUACACCUACUCCAUUCUGGCGUAUCUCUGAGUAGGAGUUUGCCUGCCCCCACAACUGGCAGGAGCAAUAGGGACACAUCCCAUGUCUGCCAGGCUGGGGUUGGGGCUGCUUUUUUAAGAGAGUCUACAUACAGACGGGAACACACAUAUAGGCAUCAAACAAAUGAUCUAAAAUUAACAAAUGUAUUCAGAUCAAAUCAUUAGAGGUAGCUCAGUUAGUGGAUCGUGAGGCCAAAUCUUAGGGUUGUGGGUUCAAAACCCACCUUGCGCAAGCAAUUCCUGCAUUGCAGGGGCUUGGACUGGAUGACCCUUCCGAUUCUGAGGAGAAAAUCGUCAAAACACAAAUAAUCCAUAAUACUCCUCGAAACUCCCCCCAUCCCACCCUUUCCCUGGUUUUGGCUGUGGCAAAGGCAGGAAUGAGGUCUUGCCUCAGGACACGGUUUUCUAUGUACCUGGAUUCCUCCUCAAAAGAAACAAAAUCCGGGAGGAAGAGAAGGCUAGUAGGGAGUGACUGGCCCAAGGUGAACGGGCGAGCUCCAUGGCUGACCCAGGAAACCGAAAAGCCUAAAAAUCUGAAGCGCCUAAGGUUAAACUCUAUAUGGCCCCUUUAUUGGCCUCGUGGUUAAUCCACGGAGCUGCACUGUAUCCGUGCCACCGAGGGGAAUUAUUUUCCUUCCUCCCAAAUUCUUGCAGCCCGAUCCGGGUCACGCUUGCUCGCAAGGAAGGCGGAAGGCCCCCACCGAGUUCCGCGGAUAUUACUGGCCUAAUAAUAAUAAUAAUAAUAAUAAUAAUAAUAAUAAUGCUGGCCGAAGUAAAAGUCCGGCCGGGCCGGGUUAAGGAGCGGUUCGAGGGCGAGCACCUGGGAACCUUUCGACCAGAUCCUCUUCGCCAGCGCGCCCCUUCCUCCGCCCAGGUGCGCUCGCUCGCUUGCGCCAGUUUCGCCCUGGGUGGGGCAAGCCCGUCUCGGUCGCUCUUUCUCCUUGCCCCCCCUUCCUCUUUUGGGGGCUUUUCCUCCCGACGGUUUUCUAUCCCAGGCCGCCAGUUUCACCUGCCACUGACGUCAUCAGGGAUGAGAGGGGUGUGGUCUGGGGGGAGGGCUGAGGAGGAGGAUGAGAGGGGUAUAUAGCCGGCCCCUCCAGGAAAGUUGCCUCCAACUUGCCUCCUGAGGAUUUGAAACCUUUUCGCUCCUUGGGUCCCGUCAACAGGUAAGGGAAGAGACUUUAGCUGGAUGGCUGGGGGGCUAGUGAGAUUGGUGAUUUGCAGGGUGGAAAUGGGUUAACUAGUUUUACUUUAUUUUAAAGACUUGGUAUUGUGUGCGAGGCAAAGUUUUAAAAAAAUCUGUUGCGUUAUGUGGGUCCCGCGGGAUGCCUUGAGGAGUGAUGUCAGGACGCCUGGGUCCCUUCCCCAAGGAUCGAUGCGGUAUUUAGACAGUAUUAAAUAAGUCCUUUAUUUAUUAAAUUUAUUAUGUUCCGCGCUCCUUCCCAAAGGACGCUCGAUAUCCUGCGGUAUUUGGUAAAGCUUGGAACAGAUUUAGAUUUGCUUUCUUUGGAAUGGGGUAAGAUUAAUGCGAGUGGUGAAACUCGCGCUUGAUCAAUGAAGACCCGCGGAUUCUUAAGCAUAUGCGGAAAGCGCUUUCGUUUACGGGCGUCUUCAAUAAACGCCCGAGCGCUAAUUUAGGGACUUGUCGUGAGAUGCGUUCUCUCGCUCCUUUUGGUCUCCGGAGCGAUAAGUCUGCCUUUAAAAGCCCUUGGAAGAUUAAAAAGUUGCCCGCUAAAUAAAGGGUUAGAGAGGCAAUGUGAGCCCAGAGCCCUACGCGAGAGUAGACCCAUUGAAACGAGCGGGCAUGGAUAGCUUGUGUUCGUGGAGUUCCGUGGGCGCAGUGCUCCCAGGGGCACUUAGGUGGAGAGCAAACUUGAGCGGCAAACAGAAAUGGCUUUCUUAACUUUGCUGGGAACUUGAUGGUGGGAAAGGACUGGAGUUGUGGGUCCGCGCUCCCCCCUCCCCCCCUUGCGCAUAUCAAGGGCAUCCUCCCCCCUCGCCUCCAUUGUCCCAGCAAGGGAAUAGGUGGCGCCCUGAUGUUUCGGUGGCGAGCUGGACUCCCACUGAAACAAACCCCCUUGAGAAGAAAGAGGAGGGGGGACAGUUUCGGUUGAAGGGCAUGGACAAAGCGAGGAGUACGGCCCCGCCUUCUUCUCCCCCCCCUACGCUCACGCCCCGGCCCCGCCCGAGGCAUACGUGUGGCGGAGGUGGGGAACCUUGUUCCCUGGAGCGCAGGCACCCAGUGACCUCGUGUCUCUUUGUCCCAGAGGCUGGAAAACCUUCCAUAAGGGCUGACGAUUCUCCCGCCAUACCUGCGCCCGUAUACCCCACCCACCUAGCAGGCAGAAGAGGUCGAUUUCUCCAGCUCCUAAGACUUGCCUUCUCUCGAGAGUUUUGGGGCUGCAGAAUAAGUAGGGCUAGAGUCGGAGCUUUGCCUUGUCUUCUGGAAAUGGGGGGGGGGGGAGGACCCUAGCCCACCUGUAACCAUGGGGUGGUGGUUAGAAAGGAGCCUUGCGACAGGUGGAUUUCACACGUCUGUAACAUACUGGUUUUUCAAAGUUCUUGUUAGUGUAUUGGUUGAUCCAUAGGGGGAGGGCAGAAUCCAAAGGUAAUACAUUUUUUGGUUGAUUCUAAUAAAUGCAUUGUCUAACAAUUCACAAAACGUGGCAUGCUUUUGAGUUCUCCAUAACUCUUCAUCAAGCACCCCCACCCUCUUGCCUAAAUAACUCAAAAGCUUGCCACAUUUUUGUGACAUUUGGUUGGUCCUAAUACAGGUAUUCCCAAACGCUGGGAUAAUGAGAACUAGACAUGACUUAAGACCUGUGUCUAAAGUGUUUAAUUCCAAAUCAGACUAGACUUGUGUUACUUAGUUUUGGGAGUAGAAAAGGGAGAAGUAGGGUUGAUUUUAGAGCCACCUGAACAGCAAGAUGGCACUGUGUUUUGGUUGCGUUUAUUACACCUGUGAAGGAAGGUAAAGUUGGUCCUUUAAACUAGCUGAAAACUAUACCGUAAAACAUGGUUGGAAUUGGCCCUGGAUUAACAUGGUUUAAAAGGGUGUGAUCUUCAUGUGAUGUAAACCUCCCCUGAGGCUUUAAAUAGAAACACACAUUGAAUGAGACAGUGGGUGGUUGGGGAAAAAAAUUGCAACUUGUUACUCAUUUUUUUUUUUUUUUAAAAGUGGCCUUUACCAGGACUUAAUUACAAAAUCAGGGCCUAGAGCCUAUUGCACAGGUAGUAUUCUGCCUCUUCUCAUAUCAGAAGGCUUAAUGUUUUAGAUCAGGCUUCUUCAACCUCAGCCCUCCUACAACUCCCAUGAUCCCUAGCUAGCAGGACCAGUGGUCAGGGAUGAUGGGAAUUGUAGUCUCCAAACAUCUGGAGGGCUGAGGUUGAGGAAGCUGUUAGACACUAUUUACAACAAAGGAUCCAUUUAGAACUCCUUCCUGUAUGUUUCUUUCCUUGUCUCUUUGUCUUCUCUUCCUCUUUGAGAAAGAAAAUGGCGGUGCUGGUGUGAUCAGUUUAGCUCAGGACACAACCCUGUGUAGGUUCUUCCUAAAUCCUUCCUUGGACUAGCCUUCCCCCAACCUGGAUGCCCUUCAAUGGUUUUGGGCUCCAAGCCAAUCAGCCUCAGACAGCAUGGUUGGUGGACUUGGAAAACCAGGCUUGGACUUGGGAGGAGAGACUUGUUGCUACUUGCCUAUGUUUCUCUAUCAUUAACCUGACACAUCCAGCAUCUUCUUUGCUGUAAUCAGCAUUAAGGGCUUUGGGGGGCCAAGUACGCAGCUUCCAGGUGAAAUCUGUUCUGUGCUUUACUUAGUCUCAUAACCCCAGCCCCAUUUUUAUUUAUGCUGGCUAAAAAAAUACUGGGCUCCAUGGUAAUAAGCUAACAAUCAAUUGCUGUAUGCAGCUGAAAUGGAACAUAGCGCAAACCCAGGGUUGUUGUUUUUUUUAAGUUUAACAUCCCAGUGUUUAAAGAUCCUUUGCACGCUUGCCUAGGCUUAGCAGAUCAAAAGUGUACACCUCAAAAGGCAGGCUAUAAGCCAUGCAGGAAUUCUGUGAUCAGAUUGCCUGUUUUGUUAAUGGAGCAGUUGCAGUUGGCGGGAGGUCUUUCUUUAACCUUUUCUCAUGCAAAAUUUUGCCAGCCUAAAAUCCCAUUCUGCAUUUCUUUCACUGCCCCCCUUGAGCUGCUAUUAAUCUUGUUGCAUUGCGAGAUAUACAAACUGCCAUUACACUUGCCUUAGCGCUGAGCAUUCCCCUGGAUCAUCUAUCAAGUUUGCAACAUCAAGUUUUUUCCUGAGCAUGGCUCCCCAACUGAAGCUCCAAAUUGACCUGUUCAGUCACUUAGCUCUGCCUUUUAAGUAAUAGUGAUACUGAGCACCUGCUUGAGCACUUGCUGAGAAAAGGUAAUUCAUAAAUAGUUUUAAAGAUUCACUUCUGUACAGAGUAAACCUACUCCAACCAAGAUUGUGUAGGGCUUAACUUUUACUGCUGUCACUGAAUUUGGAGCCUCCCCUUUGACAUGCCAAUAUAAAGCAAAAUGUUGGGCGAGUUCUGAUAAAGGACCCCUUGCGUAAUGUAUAGUUUGUGUCCAGGCAUGUGCCGGUUGUUUUAAUGGGGCUGGGAAGGAGGUGAUGUCCCAUCCAAACCACUUUCCUCCCAGAGAGAGCCCAGUGGAUGUUUGUAGUGCUUUCUUGCUGUACAUGUCCUUGUCGCCUGACUUGCCUGGAGCCUUGGGGCAGAGGUGGGCUGAAACCUAAAUACCCAGCUUUGACUAAAACAAUGAGGACAUUCCUCCUCCCCCGCCCCAUACAGACACUGCAAACAAGUGAGCCACAGCGCUGAGGAGAAUGGCAUGUAUCUGUUGCCUAAUAGUUGUGAAAUAGGUCGCCAAAUUAUACUGUUCUUUCCCUUCAGUUAAUGUUGCGGAGUGCCAGUGGCAACAAACUACCUUGUUGAGUCCUGAGGGCAGAAGAUGAUGCAAUUCUUGAGGUCGCUCCUAGGGCAGGUGUCCCUCUCUACCUGCUCAAAGCGGAUCUUGAGAGAACAACCAGUUGUGCAACCGCUGCUAUUCUAGGUGCCUGAUGAGUUGGAGGGAGGGAGUGUUGUUUUUCUUCUGCCCUGCUCAGUAUGAGGAGGAGAAAAAGAGAACUAUCUAUAUCAUCUGGCUUUGUUUAGAGUCUGAAGGCUAAUCCUGAAUGGUUUUGCCUGACCAGAUGAGUCAGGAGCUAGGCCUUGUUUCUGAGUCAAAUAGGAGUAUCACCUACCUAGGCUAUCUCCGGCCUCUAUGAGUCAGGUGGGAGCAUUGCUUAAAACACAGGUGUUCUCUUCUGAGAAGACAGGAUCCUGAGGUCAGCUGCCACACCUCUACCACAGCAUAAGCCACCUGAUGAACCCCUCCCUGCCAACUCCUUUAGCAGGUUGCCCUGAUUUUCAAAGUCGUGAAUUGUGGGGACUUCAGCUGCUACAAUCAGAGGCAGAUUUAGGGGAGCAUGACCUGGGUGGAAUAUACGCACAUAUAAAAACUGUUUUGAAAAUGCUUUUUUUAAAAAAUAAAAAAAGUUUUUUAAAAAUACUGAAUUUUCCAUCGCCAUCUAGUGUCACAUUGUAUAUUGUACUUAAAACGUACUUAAAAUUGUUUUAUUUGCAGCUGUAUAGCUGAGUCCCAGUUCACCUAUGCUGGGCGCCACAGGGGGCGCUGUGACAAAGGUGGAAGACGGGGCACACCAAAUUUUGGCAUCGCACAGGGCACCCCUGAAAAUUUGUACGCCCAAAGUCCCCCUACAACUACCUACAAUCCCACUACUUUGGGGAAAAGGGGCAAAGUGCAUCUGUAGAAUUUUAAGUGGGGUUUAUGAACAGCCAACAGUUCUUGCUUGCAAAAAUUUAGGUCAGCUAAUAUUGCUAAUAAAGCAGAGGAAAUACAGUGGUACCUCGGGUUACAUACGCUUCAAGUUACAGACGCUUCAGGUUACAGACUCCGCUAACCCAGAAAUAGUACCUCAGGUUAAGAACUUUGCUUCAGGAUGAGAACAGAAAUUGUGCUCUGGCGGCGUGGCAGCAGCAGGAGGCCCCAUUAGCUAAAGUGGUGCUUCAGGUUAAGAACAGUUUCAGGUUAAGAACGGACCUCCGGAACGAAUUACUUAACCCGAGGUACCACUGUAUCUGUAGACCUUACUUGUAUAUAUCCUCCCUUUCCAAGAAUAUCACAGUGACUUACUUGCCUCCCUCCCACCCUCCUUUUUUAUCUUAACUAUAACCCUGUGAGGUAGGUUAGGCAGAGAGACAGUGAUUGACCCAGCGACCUCAGUGGCAAGGUGGGGAUUUGAACUUGGGCCUAUCUUGGGGCCCAACCUGACCAUUAUGCAGUGCCAGCUUGGUUAAUUUCUGUUUUUUAGGCAGGGUGUGGCUUGAAAACUACAGGAUUGCAGCUCUAUGUUCUUAUGGGGAUGGUGGGGGCUGGCUAUUUUUACAAAUACAGCAAUGGAAUUGAAGAACUCUGUAUGGCACACAUGAGUCACUCCACUUGCAUCUUCGCAAGAGUCUUGGGAGAUAAGCAAGUCACUCGCGCACACGCACACUCAGCUUAACCAAAAGUGUUCAAUGAGCUUCGUGUCUGGACAGAUUUGAAUUCAGAGCUGCUUCCCUUCUCACCCACCCCACCAAAGUCCACAUUCUGUUGGGCGUUUCAUGUUGCUGCCAGAGGCACCCACUGUUGAAGCCAAUCCUGGGUGGUGCCAGAGGUAAAAGUGUUCUGGAUUAAUCUGAAAUAAAAACAUCAGCUUAUUUUUCAGUAAACAAAAUGUUGCCCUUUCCAGUCAUUCUGAAACUACAUAGAAAAUGGAGAGAGAGUGAGAGAGAGCUGUUCUAGAAUCCAGAAUAAAGCAACAGGAAAGGGCACUUAUCAUCUUUAGUGCAAGACGUAUUAGUUGUCAGCUAACUCCUGAACUGGCCAGCUCUGGUUUGGUCUGGAUCUCUAAGCCAGGACUGCAAACCAACUUUAAAUUUUGGCUUUCAGUCCUGGCUGAGAGGAAGCAAAAACCAGCAUCUGCCAGUUCAGGUGCAGUUGCAAACUACAGGCCUUGUGUUUCGUUUCGUUUUGUUUUAAAAAAGAAGAGGCAAUCCUCUGAACUGGAGCACAUGGCUUGCUUAUUUUAAAUGCCGAACCAUGGUUUUUCAUGGUAUGUGAAUUGACCUCAAAUGCUGUCGAAGCCCAGUAUUGUCCACUCCUGGCUGCCAUUAGCUUUUAGAAUCUUGGGCACCCCAACCUUUACUCCAUGUGAGGCAACUGCCUCAAGUAACAGAUGUUUGGGGGUACUGUUCCUUCUAAGGCUGCCUGGCCAUUCCCUUCUGCAGGAGGACAGAACAUGGGUGUGUCCUUGUCCCCUAAAUGACCUUGCUGCCUUGGGUGGAGGACAUUAUCCCAUCACCAGCCUUUAAUUAAGGUUCAACUGCCAGCUCAGUUGGCACCUGUAUGGGGAUUGGGGGAAAGUGUGUAAUCUUCUCUGCCUUAGGCAGUGAAAUGCCUUGGGCUGGCCCUCUUUAGUAGAGCCUUUCCCAUCACCUCCCCUUUUACCUGGAGGUGCCAGGUAUUGAACCAGGAAUUUUCCACAAGGGCUCAGAGGCACCAAGCUCUACAUGACUUCUGAAUGCCAGUUGCUGGCAACUGCAGGGCAGGGGAGAGUUGUCUUGCACUCAUGUCCUGCUUUUGGGCUUCUCAUGGGCAUCUGGUCGGCCAUUGUAAGAACAGUAUGCUGGACUAGAUGGGCCCACUGGCCUGAUCCUGCAAUAAUCUUCUUAGUCUCUCUCCAGAGUGCAUAUGGUAGGAGUUGGGUUGUCCUGUACCAAGGCUAAAGAAUCCUGUAACUUUUUUCAAAGCUGACACAGAAAAUGCUACCAGGUGUGUGUGACUUUCUGGUGCUUGGUGAGCUGCUUCUGCCUGUGCAAACUAGUGAUAACACACUGAGUUUAGAGCGCUUCUCUUGUUUAACCUUCCCCACCAUAUUGUGGGGGGCAGGGCAUGAAUUGAAGCUUGGUGAAAGAAACCUCAUUCCAACCUACACUUAGCCUGAAGGGAUCUCUCCCCCCACUGCCGCCGCAGCCGCCUUAAAAUUUAACCCCAAUAAUGGGCGGGCAACAGAACAAGUAACGACGCCUGGUUUUCUGGAAAAAACAGGUUGUAUAACUGCAUGCAGCUAAUCCAUGUUCACCGCCCCUCAGUGACAAGGGAAAACUGGCUUGACAAGGGGAGCCCUUCAACGCUAUAUGGGCUAUGCAGCCUGCGAAAUGGCCUGCUACAGAGCAAUGUCACUUAUUCAAGACAAAUUUUAACUUUUGUCAAAUUGUGUUACAGUUGGGUCUCAUUUGAAGGUGGCUCCAGUAGGAUAUUUCUGCAAGCGUCAGGGUUGUGGGUGUCCCACACAUGAGCUUUGCUGGAUCAGAACGAGGGUUCCUCCAGAACAGCUUUUCUCAACCUUGUGUCCCAAGAUGUGGUUGGAUUACAGCUCCCACUGUUCCUAGCCAGCAGGGCCAGUGGUCAGGGAUGAUGGAAACUGUAGUCCAACAACAUCCAGAGACCCAAGGCUAGGGAAUGCUGCUCUCUAGAGUGUAGAUCCUUGCAGGAAGGCAGCAAGUGAGGCUCAGUAAGGCAACAAAUAUUUCCAGCUUUGCUGCCACUGAACAAAAGGACUUCCAUUUAGCCACCAAGAGUUGAAUUGGCCUAAACCUGCCUUCCCCGAGCUGGUGCUCUCCAGAUGUUGUGGCCUACAACUCCCAUCAGCCCCAGCCAGCAUGGCCAAUGGUCAGAGAGGGAUGGCAACAACAGCUGGAGACUUCCAAGUCGGAGAUGGGUGACCUAAGACUUAUUUAGAAUGUAAUGUGUACGUAUAAAAUACCAUAAGUUAAACUGGAGAAAGUUGAAUUGCACCAAUGACCACCUGCAUGGAUGACCUCAAAUGUAACGUGCAUUACACAAAGGAUAACAAUGACUUUCUGGGGAUAUGCAUUAAAAGUGUCCUUGCUUGUAUUCUCUACAGGGUUGUCGUCUUCACCUUGAGUCAUGGCCUCUGCUGGAUUCCAGAUCAUGGGCAUGGCCCUGACAGUGGUGGGCUGGAUCGGAACCAUCAUAACCUGUGCCCUGCCCAUGUGGAAAGUCUCCGCUUUCAUUGGCAACAACAUUGUCGUGGCGCAGAUCACUUGGGAAGGGCUGUGGAUGAACUGCGUGGUGCAGAGCACCGGGCAGAUGCAGUGCAAGGUCUACGACUCCAUGCUGGCCCUUUCUCAGGAUGUGCAGACAGCCCGUGCCCUGAUGGUCAUCUCUGUGCUCCUGGCUGCUCUGGCUCUGAUGGUUGCCAUCGUGGGGGCCAAGUGCACCAACUGCGUGGAAGACGAGGACACCAAGGCCCGCAUAAUGAUUGUCUCUGGCGCAGUCUUCAUAGUGGCAGGGAUCCUUUGCCUCAUCCCUGUGUGCUGGUCAGCCAACACCAUCGUCCGCGAGUUCUACAACCCGAUGGUGAUCGAUGCCCAGAAGAGGGAGCUGGGAGCUGCCCUUUACAUCGGCUGGGCAUCUUCUGCCUUGUUGAUCCUCGGAGGAGCUCUGCUCUGCUGCAAUUGUCCCAAGAAGGAGAGCAACAACUACAGCGCCCGGUACACAGCUGCUGCCUCUCAGCCCCACAGUGAUUACCCCAGCAAGAACUACGUCUAGGAAGCCCACCUCAGGAAAACAAAGCUGUCAUCAUUGCUGACCUGAAGCUCACUACUGCUUGGGUCCCCUUUGGAGGAGCAGAGAUGCAUCCCUACUGGGGCUCUGCACAGAAAAUAUCCAUCCAUCCAAAGAACAGAACAUCUGAUAGUCCCAUGACUUUCCAAUGUGCUUGUCCCAUCAGUAUUUUCCCCCACCCGCAAAUGUUACCACUACAUUAUUGUACAGACUUGCCCUAUGGAAGUCAGAGCUCUGCUUCUAGAGAACAUUUUCUACUCUUAACUGGUUCUCCUCGAUGUAUGUAGAAGAGAUGCUGGACCUUGGGGAAAAAAGAAAAGUCAUUUCCAAGUAGUUCUUAAUGAUCAAUGUGGGUUUUGUUCUUAGGUUUCCUGGAUGCUCAUCAGGGGACUAAAACUACUAAUAUUGUCCUGGAGGUCACCGUUCAAUAUGGUCUCCAUUUGGGGGCAGAAGUGGGUGGUGGAAACGGGUACUCCAGAAAUGAGUUUAUAAAGCUGUGAUGCGUUGUACAAUGUUGUUUGUAAACAAAAGUGAUGUGGUCUCUUUUUUUCCUUUUUGCUAACUCACUGCAAUUCACCAUGCAUGCAUUUCAUAUUGAAUGCCAUUUUAUUUCUGUUUUUUAUUAGUAUGACCUGAAUAAAAAUACAGGCUUUUAUAUAUAA